UAAAAGCGGGCAGCAGCUGCGGGAGCCAGAGGCAGCACCGGGAUCCCUGCAAGGACCACGAGGAGCAUCAGCCCAGCAUCAUCUGCAGCCGCCGGCCACCCCAGACCUGCCACCCCGCUGCGCCUCCCCCCCGCCUCCGGUUCCCACAAUGCCCGUGGCCGCUGCGCUGCCCGCCUUGCUCCAGCUCCUGCUGCUGCUGCUCCGGCCGGCGCCCACCCAGGCGCAGCCCCCCGAGAUCCAGCUGCGGCUGGUGGGGGCGGGCACCGGGGGUCGCGAGGGGCGGCUGGAGCUGCGGUACCAGGGCACGUGGGGCACUGUCUGCGACGACGACUUCGACAUCCACGCGGCUGCCGUGGCCUGCCGCGAGCUGGGCUUCGAGGGUGCCGAAACCUGGUCCCACAGCGCCACGUACGGCCGUGGAGAAGGCCCUGUCUGGCUGGACAACGUGCGCUGCUCGGGCACCGAGAGCUCGCUGGCGCAGUGCGGCUCCAACGGCUGGGGCGUCAGCGACUGCCAGCACAGCGAGGACGUCGGUGUGGUGUGCUCGGGCCCGCUCCUGCCCCGCGCACCCAGCCUGGCCUCCGGCGCCCGCCUGCAGGGCUCCAGGCUGGAAGUGCGGAUCAAGCCCGUCCUGGCCUGGGCCAAGCUGAGCGUCCCGGUGACCGAGGGCGUUGUGGAGGUGAAGUACGAGGGGCGCUGGCGGCAGGUGUGUGACGCCGGGUGGACGCGGAACAACAGCCGGGUGGUGUGCGGCACGCUGGGCUUCCCCCACGAGGGCCACCUCGACACCAGCUUCUACCGGAAACUGUGGAACCUGAAGCUGAAGGACCCGCUCUCGAGCUUGAAGACCCUCAGCCAGAAGAACACGUUCUGGAUCCACCGCUUCGGCUGCCUGGGCACCGAGCCCCACCUGUCCCAGUGCCCGCUUCAGCUGGCCCCCCUGGGCCGGCCCCGGCCCACCUGCCCCCGCGGCAUGCACGCCGUCGUCCGCUGCGUGCCUGGCCCCGAGUUCCAGAAGGCCAAGACCAAAGCCAAGGGCAAGCCCCUCCGCAAGGCGGCCAAGGUGAAGGGCCCAGCGGUGCGCCUCCGGGCAGGCGCGCAGGUGGGCGAGGGCCGCGUGGAGGUGCUGCUCCACGGCCAGUGGGGCACCGUGUGCGGCCAGAGCUGGGACCUGCAGGCGGCCAGCGUGGUGUGUCGGCAGCUGGGCUACGGCACGGCCCGGGAGGCUCUCGCCAGCGCCCAGAUGGGGCAAAGCCUGGGCCCCAUGCACCUGGCGGAGGUGCGCUGCUCCGGCUAUGAGCGGGUGCUGGGCGAGUGCAGCUUCCAGGAGGCGGCGCAGAGCGGCUGCGGGCACGAAGCCGAUGCCGCCGUCCGCUGCCAUGUGCCCCACAUGGGCUACGAGAGCCAGGUGCGCCUGGCAGGGGGCCGCAGCCCGGAGGAGGGCGUGGUGGAGGUGCUGGUGCCCGUGGCGGGGGCCCUGAAGUGGGGCUCCGUGUGCGGGGCCCAUUGGGGCCUGAACGAGGCCAUGGUCGUCUGCCGGCAGCUGGGAGUGGGCUUUGCCAGCCAGGCGCACCAGGAGACCUGGUACUGGCCAGGCAGCCGGGACGCGGGCGAGGUGGUGCUGAGUGGCGUGCGCUGCGCGGGCACUGAGCUGUCGCUGCAGCAGUGCCAGCACCACGGCCCCGUGCACUGCCCCACGGGCGGGGGCCGCUUCUCCGCCGGCGUCAGCUGCACCCGCACGGCCCCGGACCUGGUGAUGAACGCGCAGCUGGUGCAGGAGACGGCCUACCUGGAGGACCGACCGCUGAGCCUGCUGUCCUGCGCCCACGAGGAGAGCUGCCUCUCGAGCUCCGCCGACCACAUGGACUGGCCGUACGGGCACCGCCGCCUGCUGCGCUUCUCCUCCCAGAUCCACAACCUGGGCCGCGCCGACUUCCGCCCCCGCGCCGGCCGCCACGCCUGGGUCUGGCACCAGUGCCACCAGCACUACCACAGCAUCGAGGUCUUCACCCACUACGACCUGCUGACGCUCAACGGCACCAAGGUGGCGGAGGGGCACAAGGCCAGCUUCUGCCUAGAGGACAGCAACUGCCACGGGGGGCGGCAGCGGAGCUUUGCCUGUGCCAACUUCGGGGAGCAGGGCGUGAGCAUGAGCUGCUGGGACACCUACCGGCACGACAUCGACUGCCAGUGGAUCGACAUCACUGACGUGCGCCCGGGCAGCUACAUCUUCCAGGUGAUCGUGAACCCCCUGCGCGACGUGGCCGAGUCGGACUUCUCCAACAAUGUUGUGCGGUGCCAGUGCAAGUAUGACGGGCAGCACAUCUGGAUGCACGCCUGCCACACAGGCGAUGCCCACGGGGCUGAUGUGCUCAGCGUCAUGGAGCAGCAGCAGCGCCUGGCCACUAACCUGGUGUGAAGCCCCCACUGCAGCGCAGAGCCGCGGCCGGCGCCGCCCACACGCGCAGCAGAGCUGCAGGCGGCCAGGCCCUGCGCGCGGGCAGCCCAGCAGGCCCCGGCGCCCUCCGGCACUGGCAGCCACCGAGCUCUCGGCUCUAAGGCAGCGGGUGGCACGCAGCACUGGCCCCGACCCCGCAGACGACAGCCGGGGGCCAGGCCCUGCUCCCCGCCCCGGCCGCAGGGGGCCGGGCGCCGUGCAGGGAGGGCACCCUCCCAGCCCGGGACGACUACCUCAGCCCCCCACCCCAGCCCGCAGGGCCUGCGCCCGACGUCUCAGGGCCGGCCUCGGGCCGUGGCCACUCGUGGCAGAACCAUAGUGGUGUUAAUAAAGGUGUGUGCAAGGGGCAGCACGGCA